AUGGCUGAGGAUGAAUUUGAUUACGCAGUUGAAAGAGUGGGUGACUUUGAGGUUGAGCAAGCAUCAAUUACAUGCAUGAGUGUUGGAAAUGCUACACCAACACCUGAACCCCAUCAAUCAAUAUCUCCAAUUCAAGGAAAACGAUCUCCUAUUUGGCAAAAUUUUGAGAUUAAUGGUGAACAUGCUGCAUGCAAGUUUUGCAAAAGAUUAAUCCAGAAACAUAAUGGUACGACUCGUACGUCUAAUCUAAAGAGACACCUAGAUAGGUGCCAACAAUAUAAAGAUUAUAAAGAUUCAGAUAAGUCUAAUGAGUCUAAUGCAUCUGAAUUUGACCAAAAAGAAUACAAUAAGUUAUUUGCUAGAGCUAUAUUGAAGCAUGGUUAUUCUUUAAGUAUUGUUGAACAUGAGGGGUUUAGGGAAUUGCAUACAUAUUUGAAUUCCAAGGUUAGAACUAUUUCUAGAAACACAAUAUUGAAAUGGUGCAUGACAGAGCAUGAUGUGUUAAAGCAAUAUGUUCGUAAUACGUUUAAGGCCUUAUCAAGUAAAGUGUCCUUGACUUGUGAUGUAUGGACAGCUUGUACCACUCGUGGUUAUUUGUCUCUUAUGGCCCAUUUUGUGGAUAAUGACUGGAAAUUACGGUCUAAGGUGCUGAACUUUAGGCAUUUUCCACCUCCCCAUAAUGGUCAUGAAAUUUAUAACCUGGUUUUUAGUUUGAUCAAAGAUUGGGGUAUUGAAAGAAAAAUUUGUAGUAUGAUUAUUGAAAAUGCAAGUUUGAAACUCAUUGAUGAAUCUGUUGCGAAAGUUUGGGAGAAUGUGAAGUAUGUUGAUUCUUCUGAAGCUAGACUUAUAAGGUUUGAGCAGUGUGUUUCUAGUUGUAAUUUAGCUACAGGUGUAAAGCUAUGGAUGGAUGUUCCUUCUAGAUGGAAUUCUACUUUCUUAAUGCUUCCUCGAGCUCUUGAUCUUUUAUCGGCGUUGAAAAUGUUUGGUAGGAUAGAGAGAAAUUAUCACUUGGCGCUUACUGCUCAUGAAUGGGAAAUAGUAGAAAAAAUGCGUGAUUUUCUUGAACCUUUUUAUGACAUUACUAAUUUGUUUUCCGGUUCUGAAUAUCCCAUCUCCAAUCUUUAUGUUGCCAACAUUUGUAGAAUUGAGUCACUAUUAGUGGCUGCUUCUAAAGGGGAUGAUCCAAAACUCAAAGAAAUGGCAGAUCUUAUGCGUUGCAAGUUUGAUAAGUAUUGGUCUGAUUACUCUGUGUAUUAUGAAUUUGUUCAACUAUCUAAGCAUUACAAGGAUCCUCUUCCUACUUAUUCUUCCCAAGGUAGUUCAAAAUCAGAUGCAUAUCGUCUACGCAAGACUAGUAGAGUUUAUGCGAAUUUUGUUGCUGAUGUUGCUAGUGGUGACAUGGGUAAAUCUGAAUUAGAAUUAUACUUAGAAUUGCCUUUAAAACCUUGUAAUGUUGAUGAGGAAUUCGAUAUUUUGGGCUAUUGGAAGGAGAAAUCAACAACUUUCCCAAGUCUUGGUCGUAUAGCUAAAGAUAUUGUUGUAAUACCUAUUACUACUGUUGCUUCCUAA